CCUUUUGGGGGAAAUUCAGUCAAGAGAUGGCGUCUGGGGUCCUGCGGAUGUCUGGCGCCUGCGUUGCAAUCCGUCACACCACCACUCCACGGAGGGCCUGUUCGAUAGAGACAGUCAUUGUGAAUUUUAACCAAAAGAGUGUGGAGAGAUUUCUCCUCAUCUCCAUGACCCACACGAUACGAUUCCCCCUUUGCGUGUGAGCGAGAUGCAGAGAACCGGCACGAUGGCUCCCCCGGCGUCCCACCCAAUCCUCACCCAUGAGCCAGCUAUUGAUUCCACAACGCUCUUGUCUCGCAACCAUCUGAUCCAGCGGCAAUUCAGUGGGGAGGGUGCCAGCUGGUUCACUGACGUCGCCACAUCGCACGCGCACAAGCUCCCCCAUCCAGCGCCAUGCCAUUCCCCAGGCUUUCCUACAUGGAGGAGAAAUGUCUCGACGGGUGCCCCCCACCAGAGUGGUGUUGCCUCAAUGCGGGGUGCACUGCUCAAUUGCAAGACUCUGCUGGAAUUGAAAUUGACUUGGCUCUCAGACACCGUGAUCGCCGGUCGCUUCUCGACACCUCAAGAAAGAAAAACCGUCUUGAUACAUUUUCAAAAAAAAAAGAAAAUUUAACCAAGUGAAAGCACAUUUAGUAAGAAAAAAAACGAAAGGAAUCUUAAGAAGAAAAGCGGGCAGAAGGUAGACCAGGGAGCCCCCUAAAGGCCAUUUGACGCUCUCUCUGGACGAGCGAAAAGCGCGGAGGCUAAAGAAAAUCCGUGGGGACCCCAAAGUGACUGUGAAAAGUUUUAAUAUUCACCCAAGAAAAGUUUAAAGAAGAUUUUUUUCGGUGUGAUUUUUUCCAACAGUGUGGAAAGCCCUUUUCUUUGUGUCUUGUGCGUGACGGUAUAGAGAAAGAAAAAAAUCCCCCAAAAACUGCACCCCCCCAAUUUUGGCAACGGAGAAGAAAAAUUCUCUGUGGACAAUGAAUUGAAAAUCUCGGACAAAUUGCCGAAAAUUUGUGCUCAUAUCGCUGAACAAUCUGUCCCAAUCGGAGGGAAAUUAAAGAGAGAGGAAAACCCGAAGCCAAGAAGAAAAAAACACAAGUUUUCCCGGAAAGAGGUUUUUUUUUUGGGAGACAAAGCACAGAGAUAGGUUGAGGAAAAAGCUCCACACAUACAUAGGUGGAUGUGGGGAGUGCGAAAAGCUCAGUGUGAGUGAGAGAGCGUAGACGAAUUUUGCUGGAGAGUAGGACAACACGAGUGGGGCUUUUGAGGGCAAAGUUGAACUUUUCUUCGGGUGCGGCCAUUACAGUGCAGACAGUCGUGUGAAAAGUGCCGAACGGAAAAUUUUCAUCCAUCCACACAGCUGCCCAUCAGACGGCAAAGUCAAGUUAAUCUCUCUCUCCCUUUGGAGCACCCCCGUCUUUGUGCUAUAUAUUCCUCAUUUAAAAAAAAGCAAAAAGAAAAGACUGCAAAACACCGCCCUUUGUGGAUUUUUAUUUUUGGGAGAGCCCAAAAGGAUUUUCCAAUAAGAAAGGAAGGAAGAAAGAAGAAAAAUCAUUUCUCACAUAUAUAGCGCUGAAAGCUCCCGAGGGAGUAGACCUACAUAGGGGUGGUUAAGAGAACUUGACUGAGAGACAAUUCACCAGAGAAAAAGCGGAGUGUGUGGUGAUUGAAAAUCGUGCAAACGGUCCCCAUUUUGUCCAGAGAGAGGUGUCAGAGGAGUCUCCACAAGCGGAAACCCUCAAGAGUUUGCUGCCGUUCUUUCGUGUGCAAAGGUUGAAGAUGGAGGAAGCCAAUGGGGCUGCGGUUGAGGUGGUGGCGAACGGUGUAGCACCCGAAGGUGGGGCUGAAGUGGCCGAAGGUGGACCCCCGAGUAUGGUGGGUAUCGGACCCCCGAGCCCCCUUACCGGGUGCUACCUACUCAUUGUGAUCGGAGAGCCUUAUUCCCAAGAGCAUAAGGACAUCAUUAUACAGAGACUUGUGAAAGGAUUCCUGUCUUGGGACGUGUCAGACUGUCAUGUUGAUUUGGAGGAGGAGCUGAAUACGAUUACCCUUCAUGCGCCUGAGGGUGAAGAAGCUCGUCAUGGUGAACGAUUGAUACAGUACGCUAGUGAGAAUUUAGUUACGGAAAUUCUGAUUCAUCCCCAGUACAAUACAUUGAUUCAAUGUAUGAGAAAUCUCCUGAGCAGCUUCACUCGUCACAGACACAUCAUUCACGCUGGCUACACGUUCGCCGGAAAUGGAUCUUGGAUUUUGCAGGAUGGAACAUUCUCCGUGUCGGACUUUGCUGAAGCCUUCCAGGAGCACGAAGUUCAGCGUGUUAUCCGUGCAUAUCCGGACACCAUCACCAUGGACAUUCACUGCGCUGCUGCGGGACUCUGGACAUCCCUGCCGGAGAAGAAUUAUGCAAAAUUGUGCAAAAUUCGCAUCAAUCCGGUGGAUGUUCUCAAUUCUGGAAGUGAUAAAAUCAACGCAUUUAUUGACUACUUGGCGCCCAUGGUGAGUCCGGCGGGUCUUCAUGAGCUUCUGGAGACAUCAGAUGUCGUCGGUAAUAUCCGCUUCAGUCAUCCAACACUCUAUGUCUUCCCCGGGGGACAGGGCGAUGCGGCACUCUUUGGAAUUAACGGAUUUAACAUGCUGGUCGACGGAGGAUUCAAUCGGAAGGCGUGUUUCUGGGAUUUUGCCCGACAUUUGGAUCGUCUCGAUGCCGUGCUGAUGACGCGCAUCAACAAUUGCAACAUCAACGGCAUCAGUGCUGUGGUUGAGCGCAAACAGCACGGGCAGGUGUACCCGCAAAUUGGGCACUUUUUCUGCAACAUCCCCGAACGCAAGAACGCCCUGAGUCCCGAUGGUGAUAAAGAUCGCGAUCCCCUUCUCAUUGAUCUCAACGAGAAGGGUCAUCAGCUCGUGGCGAAUCUCCGUGGGAUCAACUUGAAGCCACAAAUGUGCUACAGGGAUGUGGAACCAAUCAAUUUGUACCACAAAGUUGGACAUGGGACUCUCGAUAUGUAUGUGAUAAGCCCGUCACGUGAUGCCAAAGAGGUGAAGGAGUUCCUGCACAAAUGGGCAGCUGGUGAUUCGAGUCUCUUCAUGUCACGCGAUGCCAAAGAAUUCAGCUUCCCGAUACAGAAUCUCGUGUCCAUUUGUGCCCUACUCGUGUGGCAGCCGGCAAACCCCGAGGACACCAUUACGCGUAUCCUCUUCCCCGGAAGUACUCCUGACUACAAAAUCAUCGAAGGUCUCGAUAAGAUUAGGAAUUUGGAAUUUAUGAAGCAUCCCGUGUGCAGUGGGAAGUCCAUUGCUCCCAGCUUGGUGCAAUCGGCGUAUGCAAAGAAGGCCCUUCGUGCUGCUCCGCCGCCUAUUGAUAAUGCAAAACUCCUCCAGGAAGCUAUCCUGAAGGUUCCAUCGAAAGUGCCAUCGGAACGAGACAAUCGUGUCCUGGAUAAUAAACUCAAAUCAGCCCAGGCGGACAAUAAGAUCAAGGAAAGCAAGCUCAAUGGGCAAAUGGAGAGCUCCACUGAAGACCUCAAGAUUGACAAGCAAGCCAAGGCAGCUCCCAAAGCUUCCACCGCCAAGACAGUCAAACCCAAACUUGCGGAGAAGAAGAGUGAUGCCGAUGCAAAGUCAGACGAUGAACGAAAAGACACUGAAGUGCCCAAGAGUGUUGAGGAUGAGAAGAAAGCCGAUGAGAUGACUGAGACGGAAUCCAGCAAGGAUACAGACGGUGAAACCAAGUCCAAGCCCAAAGUUGAGGCCAAAGCCAAGGCAAAGGUUGAUGCAAAAGCCCCCAUAAAAUCCCGAAUUGAUUCACGACCACCCAAAUCAAUGGCGAAGAAGGAUGAAAAGAGGGAUUCCUCCACGACAAAAUCCUCCCCAACAUCAACCCCCAAGAAAACUUCUGCCGACGCAAAGAUGGUCAAUGGAACGGCAACAAAGGUGGAGGCAAAAGCUAAAGCAGCUCCACGUCCAAUGCGCUCAAGCCCAGGAAGUACACCAGCAAAGAGCACCAAAGAAGCCAAUAAUCGCAAAGUGCUCGAAUCGAAGCAGAAGACAGCAGCUCCAGCUAAAGCCCCUGCGAAGCCAUCUGAGAAGAAGGAACAACCUGUGAAGGUUGAGCGCAAGCCCAUCUCUCGUCGCCCCAAAGGGGAAUCUCCACCACGAAGAGUUGGCCCCGGGAGCCCCAUAAAAUCCCGCAUUAUGGGCAAAGUGGACAGAGAUUCAAAGCUGCGGAAGGCAAAGAUUGACAAGGGUGGCACCACAGAUUCCAGCCUUGUCUCAACCCCUAGUGCCGAUGAUGCCGGCAGGAAGGUUCCAACGGAAGAAGCGGUCGUGGAUCCGGAAAAGCAGAGAGAAUUGGAUGAGCUGAAGGAAGAACAGGAAGCAGUUCGUGAAAUUGAAGCUGUCUUCAAGCGUGAUCAAGAGAAUGCCCGACAGAAGCAACUCCUAGCUGAGCAUCGUGAUCUUGCCGCAGACAUCUCCAAGCAAGACAGCACAACGGAAGCUGAAGAAGAGGAAGAGUAUCUGAUCAUUGAGAAGGAAGAAGUUGAGCAGUACACUGAAGAUUCAAUUAAUGAACCCGAAAGUAGCAUGACAAAGGAGGAGGAGAUUCAGAAGUACCAACGAGAUUCCGAAGAGUCUGAGAAGAAGCGCAAAGCUAGUCAGGAGAUUGCCGAAGAGAAGGAGGAGGUUGAGGAAGAGGAAAAGGCAGAUGAGGAUAAACCAAAAGUUGUGCAGAUAAUCGAAGGUGCAGCAACGAUUGAAAUUGAUGAUGCUACACAAGAAAAAGAUGCGGAAAUGGUUGAGAAACUCGGUGAGGAAGUUCAGGAAAUUAUUUCAUCAGCAAAGGAAAUUGCCAAGGCGGCAAAGGAGGGGGAACUUGCACCAAAAACCGAAGAAAUGUCCACACCAAGUCCCGAAGAUAAGUUGAGCAGCACAAAGAAGACAACCGAGACAAAGGAUGACGGGGAUAUUGAGGUAGAACAAGCAGGUGGAACGGGGAAAGAUGUGGCUGAGCAGAAUCUCCCGGAAAGUCAGCCAGAUGAGAAGAUUUCAGCAACAAUUGAAAGCGGAGCUACAACUGCACCCACUUUGCCUGAAGAUGAGCGUAUCCCGCUCGAUGAGAUCAAGGAGGAUCUCAUAAUUGAGGAAAAGUACGUGAAGGAGGAAACAAAGGAAACGGAUAUGCCUGAGAGUGCUACAGCAGUGGCCGCAGCACCCACUGUUGCCGCCGCUUCACCACCAAAAAUGUCUGAACCGCUGGUGGAGCGUGUUGUGCCCGGAAGAAUGCAAUUCUCCGCACAACAGACCCCACUGAGGGACAUCAUUAAGACACCCGAUGAGGUGGCUGACUUGCCAGUGCAUGAGGAAGUGGAUUACGUGUCGUACGAUACCGUUUCUGCGCCUGAGAGUAAAGAUGCUGUGAUUGCUGAUGCAAAGAGCAAAGUUGAGACUGAAGUAGAUAGGAAAGAACAAGAUAAGAUUAAGGACAAGGAGGAAUCAAAGACUGUAACCGAAGUGACCGCAAAGCCUCAGGUAGAAGAGACAGCAAAGGAGGACGUUGAGGUGGAGAAGGCUCCAUCACCGCCAGGAGUUAAGGAUCUCGUUGAAGAAGUUAAGGAUCUCACAAAGGAUAUACAGGAAACCCUUACAAAGGCAGCUGAAACCAAAGUUGAGGAAGUCAAAGAGGAAAUUAAGGAAGUUGAAGAUAAAAUUGAUGCUGAAGUUGAUAACGUUGAAGAGAAAAUUGCCGAAGUGAAAGAAGAAGUUGAGGAAGAAGUCAAAAAGACCGAAGAAGCUGUUCAGGAGAAGGUGGAUGAAGCCACAAAGGCAGCUGAGGAUGCAGCAGAGAAAGCUUCAGAGAAACUCGAAGAUGUUGGCAAAGAAAUUGAUGAUAAAUUCAAGGAAACAGCAGCAAAGGUUGAUUCAAAGAUCACAGAACUCACACAAGAUGUCAAGGAAGCUGCUGAAGAGGCCAAGAGUGGAAUUUCAUCAUUCCUCGGUGGAAUUACAGACACAAUAAAGUCUGUUGUGGACAAAGUCGAAGAUUUGGGCAAGAAAACACCAAGCCCAGAUGAGAAGCUCCAAGAAAUUGCAAAGGAAGCCGAAGCUGCAGUUGAGAAAAUACCUCAAAUUCCUUCGUAUGAAAUUAAAGGUUUCACAACGGAACUCCGAGAGACUCACAUAACAACCCUAGAUUCCCCCGUAAAGGAACCCGAGAGGCUCAUUGGUGCUGAUGUGAAAAUUAUGGAACAACUUCCAGAACAUGCUGAUGAGGAUAGAGAAGCUUCACCACCCCGUGGCACGAUGUCCUCCUUCCAAAUUGAAGACAUCAAGUACACAGCAUUCGAACGUGAGGAUUCCAAUCUCAAUGACAUCAAGGAGGAAGAUGAGGAGGAAAGGGAUUCACCUCCAAGGAAAACACCCGAAAUUAAAGACGCAGCAAUUCCCACAAUUGUUGCAGAUAAAGAACCAGAAGCUCCCAAAUCAUCCCCCGAAGAGAAGGAAGCCAAAGAGAUCGCAGAGCACACAGAUACUGCAAAAUCUCCCGAACUUAAGGAGCCCAAGAGAUCAAUUUCACCACGAACUCCCGAAGAAGUUGCCAAGAUUGUGGCAAAUGUUGCUGAAGUACUCAAAUCUGACAAAGAUCUCGAAGAAAUCAUCCCUGAUUUUGAUCCAGAAGAACUCGAGAGGAAGCUUUCACGUGAAAGUGCCCGCAGUGACACUGAAGCAACAACAGUUCAGAGAAUGUUGGUUACAGCCAGCAGUGAAGAUGGUGGCGAGGAAACUGAAAUAUGCCCACAGGGUACCAUUAUCUUCACACCCGAAGUUGUCUCUGGGAAAGCAUCUCCAGAUGUUGCAAAAGACAUCAAGGACGACGUAAAAGCAGCGGAAGUAAAAACAGAAGCUCCUGUUGAGGAAAAGCACGACUUGAGCUUGGAUAUGGAUUCCCAAAAAUCAUCUUCAACAAGCAUUAAAUCCAUUCCGAGUGAAUCAAAGCCUGAAUCUGGAAAAUCAACGCCAGAAAUUAAGACAUCUCCAAUUUCCAUUGAAGAAAAGGACAAGCACGAGCUUUCGGAGAAAGUUCAGCAAAAGGCAGAGGGUGAGAUUGAAGGGAAGGACGCCAAAGCACCCGCAUCACCUGCAAAAGAUGCUGCAGAAGAAGCUAAAUUAGCUGAAGCAGGUGAAUCUCGCCGUGAAUCAGCCCUGAGUAUUCAGAGUGAGAAGGAUUUGACAAAGGAUGAAACAUCAUUGAGUGCAAAGGAUUCAUCGAGACCACAAUCAGCUGCUAGUCACACAAGCGUCAAAUCCGUGGAGGAAAUUGAAAAGGAUCACGAGCAACCACAAGAGAAGGUUGAAGAAGUUAAAAUUGAAGCACAAGGAGAGAAAUCACCUCCAAAAGAUGAAAAGGAUAUUUCUCGUCCUGAAUCUGUUGCUUCGAAGGAUUUAGCACCUUCUAAAGAACCUUCUCGUCCUGAAUCUGCCGCUGAUCCUGCAAAAGAAUCUUCACGGCCAGCUUCAGUUGUCAGUGAGAAAGAUGAGAAAGAAGCAGCACAAACAGCCUCAAAGGAACCUUCUCGUCCUGAAUCUGCAACAGAGCUGCCAAAAGAAUCUUCACGACCAGCUUCAGUUGUCAGUGAGAAAGAUGAGAAAGAAGCAGCACAAACAGCCUCAAAGGAACCUUCUCGUCCUGAAUCUGUCACAGAGCUGCCGAAAGAAUCUUCACGGCCAGCUUCAGUUGUCAGUGAGAAAGAUGACAAAGAAGCAGCAGCUUCCAAGGAACCUUCUCGUCCUGAAUCAGUUGCUAGUGAAAAGAAAGAAGAAACUAAAGCACCAACUCCUUCACCAACACCACCAAAAGAAGCAUCACGACCUGAAUCUGUUGCAAAGGAAGAAGCAGACACCAAAGUUUCCGCUUCUAAAGAGCCAUCAAGACCAGAAUCAGUAGCAAGUGACAAUGGUAAAUCCCUUCCAGAUGAAUCAAAAUCUCCACCUAAGGAAGCUUCAAGGCCCGAAUCUGUAGCUAGUCAUGUUAGUGAUAAGAUUUCUGAUGAAAAAGUCGACAAAGAAGACUCCAAACCAGCAUCCAAAGAAGCCUCAAGACCAGAAUCAGCUGCUGGAGACAAAGAAGAAGUCAAAGUUGAAACAGACCUAAAAGUAUCAGCCUCAAAGGAGCCAUCGAGACCAGAGUCGGCAGCUAGUCAUAAAUCUGAUAAACAGGAAGAAGCCAAAGAAUCAUCACGUCCUGAAUCAGCUGCUAAGGAAUCUCCAAAACCAAAAUCACCUGAAAAAGAUGCUGAUAAACUUGAUGCUUCUCGUGCAAUCUCUCGUCCUGAAUCAGUUGCUAGUCAUGUGAGUGAAAAAGAUGCCAUUGCGAAGACUGAAGAGGAACUUAAAGUAUCUUCCAAGGAGGCUUCUCGGCCAGAAUCAGUUGCAAGUGAGAAAGGAACAAGCCCAAAAAUUGAUGAUGCAUCUAAAAUUUCAUCCAAGGAAGCUUCAAGACCCGAAUCAGCUGCAAGUGCAAAAGAGGAAGCACUUAAAAUUGAUGGGGAAUUAAAAGAGCCUUCCAAAGAACCAUCAAGAGAAACUUCAAGGCCAGAAUCUGCCACUAGUGCAAAAGAAGAAGCACUUAAAACUGAGGAAGAAUUAAAAGAGCCUUCCAAAGAACCAUCAAGAGAAGCUUCAAGGCCAGAAUCUGCCACCAGUGCAAAAGAGGAAGCACUCAAAACUGAAGGAGAAUUAAAAGAACCUUCAAAAGGUUCAUCCAAAGAACCAUCUAGACCAGAAUCUGCUGCAAGUGCUAAAGGAGAAACUCCUAAAAUUGAUGGGGAAUUAAAAGAACCAUCAAAGGAAGCCUCCAAGAAGCCAUCUCGACCAGAAUCUGCUGCUAGUGCCAAGGAAGAAGCUUUACAGGAAAAGAAAAUUUCCAAAGAAUCAACUCCAGAACCUGCUGCGAAAGAUGAAGCCCCUAAAACCGAUGAUGAAGUCAAAGAACAAAGCAAGGGGCCAUCUAAAGAAAGCUCAAGACCUGAAUCCGCAGCAAGUGCUAAAGAAGAAGCUCCUAAAGUCGAUGAUAAAGCACCUUCAAAAGGAUCACCUACAGAUGCUUCUCGGCCGGAGUCUGUUGCAAGUGGGAAAGAUGUUCAAAUCGAUGGUGAUGUUAAGGAGACUUCCAAGGAGGCUUCUAGGCCAGAAUCCGCGGCCAGUGUAAAAGACGACAAAGAAAUCAUCACAAAGGCAGAUUCACCUGCUGCACCAGGUGAAAGCAAAGCACCUUCAAAGGAACCAUCAAGACCAGAAUCAGCUGCUAGUGCUGGUGCAAAAUCGGAAAGUCCUAAAGCUGAAGAAGAUCAAAAAGUUCCAUCAAAAGAACCUUCAAGACCUGCAUCUGUUGUGAGUGAUAAAGAUGAUACAAAAGUUCCAUCAAAGGAACAAUCAAGACCUAAUUCUUCUGCGGAGAAGGAAGAAAUUGCAAAGGCAAAGGGAGAAGCCAAAGUCCCAUCAAAAGAGGCGUCUAGACCAGAAUCUGCUGCUAGUGCUAAAGAUGUUCCUGACAAAGUCGAUGAAGACGUAAAGAGUCCCCCUAAGGAAGGAGCUUCAAGGCCAGAAUCCGUUGCUAGUCAUGUGAGUGAUAAAGGUGAGGAAUUAAAGGUAAAAGAACCAUCACGACCUGCAUCAGCUGCCAGUGACAAAGACAAGGAAGCACCAAAAGAUACAUCCAGACCAGCUUCAGUUGCCAGUCAUAUUAGUGAGAAAGACGCUAAAGAUGAUGCCAAAGAAGACAAGAAAGAUGCAUCACGCCCUGAAUCAAGAAUGAGUGAGAAACAUGCACAAGAUGCGGAGCAGAAAGCACCUUCCGGAAAGGUUUCCCCUGAAAAAGACAAACUCGAAGAAACAAAAUCACCACCUAAAGAAUUAUCUCGUCCAGAAUCUCAGGGAAGUGUGAAAGAAGCUGAAACCGGCCAUGAAUCUAAAGAAAAAACUCCAGAACCAAAGCCACCAUCAAAGGAAUCAUCUCGUCCAGAAUCAGCCAUUGGCAAAGAGGAAGAUGGCAAGAAGUCCGUAGAAGACUCCAAGGCUGCAUCAAAGGAAACAUCCAGACCUGAAUCAGCUGCAAGUGAGAAGGGAGAAGUUAAAUCAUCAGAAAUCACCAAAAGUCCAGAAGAAAAACUUUUGGAUCCAUCAAAAACACCUGAACCACAGAAAUCAUCAGAACUAUCCAAAGCACAAGAGAAAUCACCACGUCCAGAAUCCGCCGCUAGUGGUAAAGAUGAUGAAGAACUGAAGCCAUCCUCAAAGGAGACAUCUCCACGUCCACAGUCAGUUGCUUCCGUGAAAGAUGAAAAGCCACAGGAAAAAUCUCAGGAAAUCAGAGACUCAUCGCGUCCAGUAUCCGCUGCAAGUCACGCAAGUGAUACAAAAGAUCAAGGUGUCAAAGCAGAAUUCAAGGAAACAUCGCGUCCAGCAUCAUCUGCUAGUCAUGUUGAUGAGAUGGGAAAGAAAACUCCAAGUCCAGAAGUACAGAAAGAGAGUUCACGUCCGGAAUCUCAGCAGAGCCACGUGAGUGAGGUAGAUUCCACAAAAAUAUCUCCGGAAGUUACCAAAGUCCUUCCACCACCAACACCUGCCCCGAAGAAAAUGGAAACAUCACGACCGGGAUCAUCUCUCAGUGAUGCGGAUGAAAAGUAUCCGAGGGAGAUGUCGGUUUCACCACGUCCUGACUCCGUGGCAAGUCAAGCUAGUGAUAAAUCCCCGAGUCAUCAGAUACGCUCACGAUCAUCAUCCGUUGCCAGUGAUCGUGAUGAAGAUGAGAAGGCUCUCCUGAAGGAAAUUCGCUCAAAAUCUGUCUCCUCCAUCAUGGUAACAAGUAUGUACGGACCUGGAUGCGAUUCCCGACCACUCUCGGCCCUGGAUGAGGUGGUUGAGUACACCAAAGAUGAUGCUGAAGCUCUGUCAAAAGUAAUCAAUGAACAACGCCCACAGAGUGGUUGUGAUUCCUUCACAGAAAAAGAAAUUCCAGAUCAGAAAUUCUCAGAUCCCCUGGACAUGGAGAGGAAGAUGUCAAUUUCACCGGAAAAUGAAGUUUGUGCCGGGAAAUUAUCUCCAGAACUCAGUACAAGUGGAAAAUCAUCCCCACUAUCGUCAUCCGAUAAGAAAUCCGAAGAGAAAUCCGUUGUUGAUAAGCUUGCGGAGAGUUUCAAAGCUGAAAUUCAGGGAAUUUCCUCUCAAGUGGAAAAAGUAGCUGAAAUAGUUACGGAGAAAAUUGUUGAGACAGUUGAUGAUGUCACGGAGAAGGUGGAGAAAAUAUCUGAGAAGGUGGAAAGUAAAGUUUCCGAAAAGAUUGAAACAACAAAGGUUGAAAUUACUGCUACAAGUUCAACAAAGGACUUCCCGGAAGAUCUCAAGCUGAAAGAUGCAAAAACAACUGGGGAUGAAAAGAAAGAUUCAACGGAGACAAAGACACCUCCAACUGCACCUGUUAGCCCAGGUGUUAAGGCUACCCCAUCAACGGAAGCUUCAGCAAUGUCCACACCAAAGGAUGUUUCGGGGAAAUCCAGCCCUGGUGCAUCAGGUGUAACGAGUUCUGAAAGUGUUUCCAAGUCCAUUGCAACAUCCUAUGGUCUGGGUUCUGCUGGUGAGGCAUCAGAAGAUUCCCCACAACCAACAACGCCAUUCCCAAAAAUCAGUCCCAGCACGGAGGAAAUUGUAACCACAACAGUUACAACAACCAGCACAGUUGUGUCCGAAUCUAAGGUGACAGAAGAGAAGGAGAGCCACAGCAGUGGAUCAACAACAAUCACAAAGACAGAAGUAGUUACAACUGAGAAGCCCGGAGACGCCAAAGUUGAGAGUCAGAAGAAAGUCGAAGAGUUGCCUUCAGCAAUUCAUGGUGAGGAUAAACUUGUGAGUGAUGAAGAAGUUGGUAGUUCCCCACUGAGUGCAGCCAGUAAAUUCACCUAUGACUACGACCUUCAGAGAUCAAGCUCUGGUGUGAGCAAACGUUCGGAAUUCGACUUGGACGAGAGCCAAGACGACAUUCCACCUCAGUACGGAAGUGAGGAAGUUAAAUCCGCCAUUCCCAUUUCAGCCACAUAUCGGCCAGAUCCCAUGAGUGCCUCCAUCUAUGGAGCACUCCCAGAUGAACCUGCAGAAACCAUAAUUACAACCACCAAGAUAAGCCUUGAAUCUCUGGAGAGUAAGAAGAGUAUCGAUCACAAAUUCCUCGAUGAGGCUGAUUUGGACUUUGAGAAGGCAUUGGAAGAUACCCGCCAGGCUCGUGGGCCUGAAGUUGUGUCCAGCAUUACGUCAAAGUAUGAGUUCUCACCGUCAAAGCAGCAAUCAACAAUUGUUCAAGAGGAAACCACCUUCCACCUUGAAGACGUUCAGAAGACAACAAAACACACAGAAACAACCCAUUCAGCCACAACAUCUCAAACAACGACAACAACCACAACAACUGCUGCAGCGCAAAAGGAGAAGGAUGACCUGCUGGCAUCGUGGGGCAAGCCCCUGGGACUCCCAUCACCUGCACCAAUGGCGGCAGAGAAUGAGAUUAAGACUACACCAAAGAAGGAGAGGAAGCUCAUCAUAAGCAAGACAAAGAUGAACAACGAAAAGAAUCUGCGAAAGCGCUCAGAAUCACCGAUUAAGGCGAAGAAGAACACAAGUCCCAUUUACAUUGAUCUCACUUAUGUGCCGCACCAUGGGAAUUCCUACUACUCCCACGUGGAAUUCUUUAAGCGUGUCCGGGCGCGCUACUACGUCUUCUCCGGCACAGAACCCAGCCGUGAUGUCUACAAUGCUCUCCUCGAGGCGAAGCAAACGUGGGAGAAUAAAGACUUGGAAGUCACCAUCAUUCCCACGUACGAUACAGAUGUUCUCGGAUAUUGGGUGUCUGAGAAUGAGGAUCUCCUUGCAAAGUACCAUAUCGACCUGUCGCCAUCAGCAUCGCGCUGCACAAUCAAUCUGCAAGAUCACGAGACCUCGUGUUCGGCCUAUCGCCUGGAAUUCUAGGCUACGGGGAUGUUUGUAGCCUUUUCCCCACGGAUUGAUUCAAAAAACUCCGAAACGUGAAGCGCGUCAGCCAUGAAAGGAAGGCAGCAGAAAAUUAAUUUUUAAAAUUUUCUUUUUGCAAUUUUUCAUUAAAAAAAAUUGGCAAACAUGCAGUGUUAAGAAUAACAGAUAAAAGACAGUUAGAAGGAAAUUUAUAUAUAAUACAUAAUUGGAUAUUAACCGUUAAGAAUUUAUUUUCAAAGAAAGAGAAAAAAAUCUUCUGAAGAAAUUUUCCAAAGGAGAAAAGUCAGACACUAUAAAUUAAAUGUGCCUCAAAUAAAUUAAUUUAAAAAAAAAGUUUUCUUUGUUAUUCAAUAAAAAAAAUAUAUUCUCAAUGGAAUGAUUAAAAAAAGUGAAAGAUAUCAAAAGAAAAUUUUAUUGGUCUUUUUCGUAAUGAUGAAAAAUCAAAAGAAAAACUUUGUUGAAAAUAUUUUUUUCAUUCUCACAGAGAAAAGUUUUUAAACAGAGGAAGAAAUAAAGAAUUAUAUCCAUGUUGAAAAUGCUACAAAAACAAAAUAAAAGAGAAAAGAUGGAAGAUCAUCGAGAGAGAGAGAGACAUCAAUUAGCUUGCUAAACAAAUCAGAAAGAGCUUAUUUAAAAAAAAAGACAUUUUAAAUGAAAAUGAAAAAUAAUUAAUCUUUAAUAUUUUAUGCCAAAGAGAGAAAGGAUUCUUUUAAAAUUAAAAAAAAUCCACACAUUCACUGCAAUUUUUAAACAAUUAUAUAUAAUCUGUGAGUUCUCAAGUUAAAAUAACGAGACACAUCGUUGUAAGAGGGAUGUGUGGGUGUCUUAAGGGUGUGUUAAAUAAUCCCCCAAAAAAAGAAAGAAAAUUGUUAAAAAAAAAAAAAAGUAAAAGUAAAACAACCAAAGAAAAAAAACUUAAAGCUGAAGACAACACUCACACCACUAAUUAUUAUCAAAUUUGAUGUUAUAGAACUUAGAUGAAAUAUUCAAAACUUUUCAGAGAGCUAAAGAAAAAAACAAACAAGUUAUAUUAAUUAAUAAAAAAACUAAAGAAAUUUCAUAGAAAGAGAAAAAAGCGAAAGGUAUUCAAAGAAAGAAAAAAAAACUGAGAAUGAGUCAAAGAAAAUCGAAACAGCAAGUCAGUACCUAUUAUAUAGUUAUUAAAGAAAAAAAAGAAAAUAAACUAUAUAAAAAAACAAUUUAAUAGAAAUUUAAUAUUAAACAAAAAAAUCUUUCCUCCAUUUCAAUAGAAUGAGAUUGAUACGUAGCGAGAAAAAAAGACAAUUCUAAUUAAAAAAAAAUAAUAAAACAUUUUUUGCCAAAGACAACCCAAAUAGGAUGUUCUUUACAGAAAGAAAAAUAAAUAAAUAAAAAAUAAAAUUAAGCACCAAAGUUGCAACACCCAAAAUCACUCAUAAAAUUCACACAAAACACAAUUUGAGAAAAGAAUUAAAAAUAGAAAAGAAAUUGAGAAAGAAAAAAAAUCUAUUGAUGUUAUUAGAGAAAAAUUUUAAAAAUUUAAUAAAAAAUUGGAAAAAUUAUAUAUUUGAACAAAAAAUGAAUUUAAAAUUCAAAAAUUUAGUAAAACAAAAAUCUUUCUCAAUGAAAAAUACCAAAAAUUCUAGCAAGAAAUUCUCAUCAAUUUAAAAAAAAACAUCAUUCAAAGAAAAAUCAUCAAUUUCAUCAAACUAUUAGAAAAAAAAUCAUUGCGACCAAAGAAAAAAUUAUUGUUGUUGUUCAUCAGAAAUGUAUCAAGAAAAUAUAUUAAACAAAGAAAAAACUAUAUAGUGAUGAAAAGAUAUUAAAGUUUCUUAUAAUCGUCUACACAUUUAUCACUGAAUUUCAUGAAGAAUGGACGAAAGUGGAGGCAAUUUAUUGAGCAUGUCACAUUUUCUUUUAAUUUUUGAAACUUAAAAAUUAAAAAAAAAAAAACUUCCAACCUCUGCUAAAAAUUUUUGCAUUUUAUUGGCAACCUCUACUUCACUUUAAUACAAAGAAAACUCUUACAAAGAAAAGUCCUAAAUUGUAUACCAAAGAAGUAAUCACCGUAGACGAUUUUUCAAUAAAAAAAAUAUCUCUGAACCUCUAGCGAUAGAGUUUAAUAGGAAAAACUAAAUAAAAAAACAAACAAUUGUGAAGUGAAACACAAUUCAAAGCGUGCAAUGUGAUACAUUAAAAAAAGAAAAAAAAAUUGAAAAAUGAACCUGAAUUGAAGAGAAAAUAAAUUUUUAAAAAAGAAAAAUAAAUACUCUAGAAAGCAUUAACAAAUUUUAACAUUAUUACUUUUUUUUAUUUUUAAAAAAUAAUUGAUCUUUUGAUAAAUAUUUGAUGAGGUAGAAUAUUUAUUUUUCAAAAAUAACUUUAAAUAAACUUUCCAAACAAACAUCAAGUGAAAGCUUUCCAAAAUUAGCAAAUAUCUGACAAUUUUUUAGACCACAGAGCUUUCGCUUUAGAAGCCAAAAAAAAACGCAAGAAAAGCUUUUGAUUUUCAAAAUCACGAUAGAUAUGCUUUUUUAAAAGGAAAAAAUAACGACGAAUGAGAAGAAUGUGUUAGGAAUAUUGAGUGAGAAAAAAAUUAAUAAAUCGAUAGAAGCACGAUUUUAUAGUCUUUUUCUAACAAAAAAAAACCAACAAAUAUACCUUAUAAAUAGAUCAAGGAAGCAAAUAUUAAAUAACAAAAAAAUUCAGAAUGAAAAAUAUAUCAAUUUGUCUAUUAAUUGCAAUUUUUAUGCGACAAAAAUACAUUUUAGCAAAGAGAAAGAAAAUGCAUUAAAUAACCAUGGAAUAGUCUGAUAGACGUUAUUAUAUUAUAAAUUAACCUUGUAUUCCUUAAAUGCUCCUAAAAAGAAUAGGAAUUACCUUUAUUUCAAUAGAUGAAUUUUCAUAUUUUUCCUUAAUGAAAUUGUCAAAGAAAAGACGUUUAGUUAAAGAAUGUUUUCGGCUUGAAACAGUGACUGGAUUCUGAUAUGAAACGUAAAUGUGUUAGGCUAGGAAUUUUUUUAAUUGAAUUGUUAAAUUGACGAAAAUGAAGCUAAAGAAGAGAUUCUGGCUGAGAAAGGUUCUCUGAGACCAUCUGGAGAAUAAAUACACUACCCUCAAAAAGUUUCCGAAAAAACAAGAAUGGAAUAUUUUUCAAGGUAAAUUUCAAAUGGCUAUAUCUCCGGUUAUGGUCAACCGAUUUUCAAAAUUUUGCCAGUUUUGGAAAUGUGAAAAAUGUACUUUUCCAAAUCUGGUAAAUUUUUGAAAAUCGGUUAACUAAAGCCGGAGAUAUAGACACUUGAAAUUUACCUUCAGAAAUACCCCAUUUUUGCUUGCCCGGAAACUUUUUGCGGGUAGUGUAUAUUGUUAUAAAAAAUAAGUCUGAACAAUUAAGUUUCCUACGGACGUGAAAGGGUUAAAAUUUGCUAUUUCUUUUGAUAAAUUCUCCUCACUCACUCACAGUUCACAAAAGAAUAGUUAAAUUCUUAUCAUGAAUUUCAAAGGUUCUCAAGAAAAAUUUUCUAUCUCAAUUUCUUAACCUUAAAUUUAUUCUAUAACAAAUUUUUCUUAAAAAUCAAUAAAAACUAAAAGGUAAUUUCUAUUUUUUUGAGCAUUUAAAACCUAUAGAGAGCGAUACUGGAAUGUGAGACAUAUUAUUAAAAAAAAUGGAAGUGACAAAUAAUUAAUUUUAUUACAGAUGAAAUAAUAAUGAAAAAAAAACUCUAGUGAGAGAAACUAAUAAAAAAAAUAUGAAAAGAAAUAUAAAAAUAAAUUAUAUAGGAAGUGUGUGCAGCAGCAUUGCAGGAAGUUGAUUUUUUUUAAAGAAAAUAGAAUUUAGUUGAUUUUUUAGUUUUUCCUUCCAGAUUUAUUAAUAUUUUUCAUUCUUUUUUACAAUAAAUCCUUUCAUAGAAUUUUCCUAAUUUUUUUUAUUAGAAAUGAAAAAAAUGGUGGUUUGUGAAUGAUAUAAAAUAUCGAUUAUAGCGCACUAAGGCCUAGUGAGUGGAAUAAGAAUAAAAAAUAUUGAUGGCAAAUUUAAUUAUAACUCUUUGUGCAAUUUGUGAGAUUUUUCUUUUAAUUUUCUGGUGGAAAACUCUUAAAAAUUUCCACGUGGUGGAAGUUACUCGUUUUUGCUUUUUUGACAAGAAAUCAAUUUAUUUAAUAAAUACUUUUAAGUAUCUUUGUGAAUAAUAUUCUGUGUGCUUUGUGUUGAAGAUGGAAGGGGAAAGCAUUUGAACUUUGGAAUUUUCUCAAACUGUCAAAGAAUCUUCAAACGGAGGCCAUUUAUCAUUGAGAAAAGGUAGAAAAUCCGGUGUAAAAGAAAAAUUACCAUCUUGUGAUGAAUUUCUGAACGUUCUAAAGCUUCAUGGGGGCAGUUUGAGAAAGUUCUGAGGAGAAAAAUCAUUUAUUUGGUGGGAAAAGUGGUGAAAGGAUAAGGAAAAUUUGCGAGGGUGUGGAAGGGUGGGGCUUGAGGGGAUCUCUGAUAAUCACGCACAAAAGACGCACAAUUCAAAUGCUUAACUCUUCCCUCUUCAUCGCAGGCAAAUUCUUUGAUUUUUCUUAAGAUUUUUCUCUAUGAAUUAAUCAAAUAUAGAAUUUAUAUUAAACUAUAAAACUUUCCUUGCAACAUUUUUUCUCCAAUUUUCUUCUCAAUUCUUUCAAUGGUUUUGAUUAAAAAUUAAUUUGUUUGAAUAUUUAAUUCGGGAAAGGCGACGAAUGAAAAUUAGUAGAGUAAGUUUGGUGCUAAAUGAGAAAUGCCUUUGAUAUGGAAUUUAUUUUUAAAAAAAUAAUAGAAAACCACAAUUUUAGACAAGGAAGAAAUAAAACAGGAAAAGUGUUUUCAAAAUCCCUUCCUAUGUGACCCAUUAGCUGGCACAAGUAUGUUAUUGUGGUUGAAUAAAAUGAAGAAAGUAACCUAAAGCUAAAAAAUCUUUUAAGUUUGAUUAAAUAAAUCAAAAAGAUUUUUUUUACCUUUAGGUUCUUUUGAAUUUUAUCAACCAUUUUAUUUCAAAUUUUUACAAUUCAAAUCAAGGGGCUUACAACUGUUAAAAGCAUAAUACUAAUUCCCGCUGAUUUUGCAAAAAAAAAUAUGAAUAUAAUGUAUUGAGAAAUUAUUAUAAAAAAAUAUCUUCACACACUUUUCUUUAAUAAAUGAGCAUCCAAAAAAAAUUAAAACAAAUAUUAAAGACACAAAGCACAAAAAUUUAAAAGUUGUACGCCCCUUGAGAGAAUUAUUUUCUUCGUAAUUAUCUUUAGAAUUUUCAUCUUUCUAGUAUCACCAAAAUUCUUCUUAGGAACUCCCUUUAGCAUUUAAUAUGAUUAAAGUGAUGCAGAGAUGGCAAAAAGAUGGAUUAAAAGGUAGCAAAAGCAUUAAAAAACGCAAAAUGUUCUUAUUUCAAUUUUUUUGUUGCUUUUAGCUCCGUCUGUCCAGCAGAAUAAAAUAAGAAUUUUAGACAAAAAAAAGCUUUUAAAGCGCCAAACAUUUAAAAUCCAUUUAGUUUUUUUCUUCCAAAAUAAAAGACGUGGGAGGAAGUUAAGGGUGAAUAAAAAAACGGAACAUUUUAUCAUUCAACUCAUUAAGUAGCAAGAAAAAAGGAAGAGAAAAGAAGCGCAUAAACACAUUAAAAACUAUAAAUCGGGAAGAAGAGAGCAAAGAAGAAAAAGGAAGUUGAAGAGAACAAAGUAUUUUGCUGGAAUCACAUCGCAUCGCAUUAAAAUCACACAAAGCAAAAAAUUAAGCUUUUUCUCUUGAAAAACAAAUAAAAAAUUAACAAAAAAAAACAAAGAAAAAAUCAACAACAUGAAUAUUUGCUUCUCUAGUCAUUUAAUGUGAAAAAAAAAACCAAGAGAUGAAACAAAAAUCUGGUCCCUUUUGUGCUUAAAUAUUAAUUCAUAUUAAAA